AUGGGAAUUAUCAAAUUUGCUGUAAAAUCAAGUGUUGCUGGAGGAUUAGUUUACUGGACUGUCCAAGAAGGUUUGUGGGGACGUUCUGAUGAAAGUAUUAAUUUUUACAACAGAAUUUAUUCCACAGUCUCACCUUAUAUCAAAAAAAAUAUUCCCAAGGAAGUAGUUAACGAAGUUAAUUUUUUAUUAAAAAAGCUUCCAGAUUUACCAAGUGUCAAUUCGAUGGCAAACUGGACGGGUUGUAUGUGGAACAGAGGAGUAAAAACAAGCAUAAGAUUUAUCGCCGACUUACCAGAUCAUAUUUCCAAUGGCAUUGAAUCAAUAAAAUCAAUGCCUGCGUUACAAGCUCCAGCUGACAGCUCAAGUGCCGAGAAAUCAAGCGCUACUGUUAAGAAGGAUGAGAAAAAAUAA